AUGAGCAGCCUUCUACCUGAACCGACCACCAAACCCCCUCUGGAGCUGAAAAUGCUGAUCAACACAAUAGACCCCCAGUCCCCCUACCAAUCCACGGCUCAGGAGAUCCUUCGACCGCUGCAAGACACCGCCGACCGAGUAAGCAAACAAGUCGAGGAGUUCGCCAAGGCGCUGGACAAAUUUGUGGUCAACCGAGAGCCCACGGAUGCGUCUCUGUGGGAAGAUGCGUUGGUACUGUUAGACCGCUACAGCAAGAUCGCUCAGACAAGGACAACAACCACGGCGGCCAAUGACUCGGAUUCGCAGGCACAGAAAGUCCUUUUGGAAUCUGAUCUGUGGGGAUUGGUCCGAAACCUGCUGUACUGCAAUUCUCCAGAUACGGUCAACAACGCACAAAUUGCCCAAGAGUCCAGACUGGCCGGCCUGCAUCGCUAUUCAAGCAAUGCCGAGCUGUGGGGGGCAUUUCUGGAUUCAGACGUGGUCGCCCAGGAGUACGAGUGCAUAUUAUCCUGGCUGCAAGACAGGGCAGCCGACUCAUCGCCUCCCAUUCAUAUCACAUUGAAGGCGCUGCUAGAGAAGUCGGACCGUGGUGAUGGCGUCUGGAGUGCCGGCCCUAUCUACACGCAGACCGCGAUCAAGCAGCAGAAGCGGACCCGGGCAUUGUCACAGCCGCUGGAUCCUUCCACUCCCAAUCUCACUCGGUCUCACACUCGGAAAGCGGAUCGCAAACCACUCGUUGCACAGCUAGAUCCUGAUUCUCGGACCCGCGAGUCUGCCGCGCUUCAGAAAGAGGACGAGUACUAUGAGCAGGCGGCCUGGCGAACGUGCUGGGAGAUGCUUCGGCGGGGCCAAUCUGCGGCAGAAAUUCAGUCCUGGUGGGCGGAACGAAGAGAAGUAUGGCGUUAUGCCGUGAUAAGAGGCUGUGGGCCGAACACUGGUGAAAUGGCCAACUCGCCGUGGCUCCGGAUCCUGAAUCUAGCGUCGAAUGCGGAGUGGUCACAUCGUUGUCACAGCCUGGCCCACAAUCCUGCCAUCCAGGAUGUCUAUCAGAAAGCUGUCUACGGCGUGCUCUGUGGUGAUGCGGGCGCCUCCAAGGCGGCGACACACACAAUCGAGGAUCAUCUCUUUGCCAUCUUCAAUGCUCUCCUGAUUCAACGAUACCAACAUUACAUCCAAGCUUACCAACACAGACUUGGCAACCCUGGCGCAACUGUAUACAGUCCGCAACCCCCGGCCACUGCUCAUAUAAGACAGUAUGCCGCCAAAGCCCAAUCGGACCCGGCGACCAAAGACGAAGUGCACACGCCGCACAAGCUGCUAGAAUUGACGGUCGUGUCAAAAGAUUUCGACACCUUCUUCCUGAGUAUGGGACGAGCUGCUUCUCAAGUGGCGUACGCGACAGAUCAAGGCUCGCAUCUCAUGAAAGAGAACGAGGAUGAUGUCAGCGAGAUUGCUCGCAUCAAUGCCCAGGAUCAAGAUUCUGUCCGCAUGGUCGUGCAUCUGCAACUGUUGCUUCAAGCUUUGGGCUUCUUGGAGUCGUCCUAUGCAGAGCAUGAGUAUGAAAUGGAGAACAACAUUGCCAGCUAUAUUGGAUGGCUGGAGCGUGAGGGCAAGUUUUCCUUGCUUCCUCUGUACGCCUCGAAGUUGUCCAACGAGAGGAUUCCGCGUGUCUUGGGAGCAAUCCUGAUCAAUGUGACGGACCGUCGUGAGCGGGAUUUGCAGGUCAAGCUCAUGAAGCAGUACAAGAUCGAUGUGUCGGAAGUGGCGUAUGGCAUCUUCUACCUCGCCAAUUUCAAUACCAUCCAAAAACUUCGCAACAUUGAAGAAAUCCCAACCCUGCCCCGGAUCACCGUGCCAGGAGCGACGACCAGUACAGCUCAGUUACGAGUUCGCCCUGGCUUGAUGACCGGAGAGGUCUCGGAGGAAGAUGAGAAGGCCAUUCGAAGCGUGGAGUGGUAUCGAUAUGUCGAUGCAGAACAUUGGGGAAGUGCCGCCUGGUCGGUCUCGAUCCUGUACAAAACCUUCCUCAUGGACGGAAACUUUGUGGCUCUGCGCCAGCUACUGGACCGGGUCAGCUUGUCAGAAAUGUCGUUGAGUGCAGUCGGGAUGAAUCUCAAUUUCGCCGACGAAGAGCCGCCUACGGACGAGGACGAAGAUGAAGAUCAGGAAAUGGAUGAUGACCACAUCCGCCCAAUGAGCCCGAGUCGCAAGCGGAAGUCCCCGUUACACGAACAUCCUUUGACGAGAGCAGGGACCGAUCGUGGUUCGUUAGCAUACAAAUCGAUGGUGUGGCGACAACUCGAGCAACUUGUUGCCGCCAUGGACAGCUUGGAUGUUUUCCAAGAGAUUGCCGACAAUCUUGAAGCCAACCGAAAGAAUCCAACAGUUGUGCGAUCGUGCAAGCGUGACAUGAAGAAGGCACUUGACGAUGUGCGCCAGACCAUGCAGCCACUUUUCGACGAGGAAUUCAUGUGCCGAUUCCAGGACGACAUGGAAGGAGUUUUACUGACAGCUCUCCGCAACCAUUACAUUCCCGAAUGUAUCCUGGCUUACAACAGCGUCUUGUACUGCGCAGGACACUACGUGUCCCGGGUGUGGCUGGUGGAAUGCCUGGAACUGUCGCAAGUGGUUGCCCAAAAUGCCAUGUUGACCAACGCCUUUGUGGCGGGUGGCAGAAUGCAGGAGCUCGUCAGGGCAUUUGCACUCGACAGUCGGGCAUUGCUCGAAGCCACUGAGCAGUCUGGGACCAGGAGCAAGAAGAUCAAGACGGAGAAGGGAAACAGUGAUAUCUGGAAAGUCACUUGGAAGCAACAAGGUCCUAUCGAUCUGGAGGCGCUGGAUUGA